AUGGCUCAAACCCAUCUAAAUAACCUCCUCCGACUUCCAUCUGUGCAGCCGAACGACAGCGCCAGCUUGAAAACAUUUUCCAACAAGCUUCACGGUGCUGUCUCCGCUCUAUCAACCUCUGGACUCGCGAGCGAAUUAGAGUCGCUGGGCAACCUCAUGCAUGUUGUCACCAAACUGCUGAAGACCUUGAGGGAAAGAUGGGGAGGAAAGGUGAUGAAGAUGCACCCCGCUGUACCUUCAAUAGUCGAUCUGGAUGGCUGGUUAACCCUUCAGUCAAAGGGUUCUGAUUUUGCAAAAUUAAUGGCGGGGCCAUCAACACUUCCAACGAUUCCACCAGUCGUGCCCAAGAGAAAUGGGAAGGGAUAUCCAACUCCCUAUGUCUCUACCAUCAACCACGUUACCACCUCGACGCCUGAAACAAACUUACCGCAAUCAAAAGGAGGAGGUUUGCGGGUGAGCCCACCCAAUACAACCUCGUUUAGCCAAACAAGAGGCAACUCAACGUGCUUUGUUUGCAGAGGGGCGAUACACAAAAUCGAGGAGUGUAACACCUUCAGGCAGAUGUCUCCAACACAAAGAGCGGAGACAAUCUUCAAAGCAGGCAGGUGUCUCCGAUGCCUUACAGGAAAGCACACCAGCCGAGCUUGCAGAGUCAAAUCGAUUCGAUGUACGGUCGAAGGAUGCAAGUAUCCAGGACACUCGACGUUGCUUCACGGUUCCGAGUUUUCGACAAAAACCAAUGCAAGCACCUCCAGUGAUUACAAGACCACACCAGAAUCGAAGCCACCGCGUCGAGUGACUUUCGACGACAAGGUCGAUGAAGCCUUCCUCGGCGCAGUAUCACGCACUGGACUGGACACACCACGUCGAGUGCUUUUCAAAAUUGUUCCUGUCCAUCUACAACAUGGAGAAAGGGUCUUCGAUACCUUUGGAUUCUUAGAUAGCGGAAGCGACUCCACCUUAAUCCGAAGUGACGUGGCCAGAACUCAACUAGGUUUGGAAGGGCCAACAACGAAGAUCAACGUGACAUCUUACGACGGGGGAGUUACUCCAGUCAAUGCUCACAUCGUGGACUUCGUCAUCAGUUCGCGAGACGGGUCGACUUCGUUCCAAGCAAGAAGAGCGUACGCAGUAGAAAAUCUACAAGUCGCUCAAAAUCCAACCUUUACAGUCUUACAAGCCAAGGCAUUCCCUCAUCUUCAAGGUCUGAAGCUCCCAGAAGUCCAAUCCGACCAAGUAACGGUUCUAAUUGGUCUCGAUGUAGCAGACGCUCACGACCAUAGCGAAUCACGCAAACCGAUAGAUGGAUUGACCGGACCAGUAGCUUUCAACACGCCAUUUGGAUGGUGUCUGGGAGGCAAAGUGGGCCCGCAAAGCGAACAGGAGCAACCAAGCCAUUACGUAGCCCACAUCACAUCGAGAGAAGAAGAAAGAAACCUUUCCGAACUCGUCGAGCGGUUUUGGAGGCUGGAGUCGAAAGACUCUGUACAGCCUCCUACCCUCAUGUCAGCAGAAGAUCGACGGGGAGAAGAGAUUCUGAAGAGGACCUCCAGAUACAUCAGUAAUCACCAUCAAAUUGGUCUAAUGUGGAAGGUCGACAAUCCAGAAUUACCAGACAGCCGCAGUAUGGCGCUAAGUCGCAUGUUUCAAAUCGAACGGCGCUUCAAAAGAGACCCCAGCUACGCCAAACGAUAUGACGAUGUCAUUCAAGAAUACAUCAACCUUGGCCAUGCUCGUCUCUUAUCAACAGAAGAAGCUAGACGUAGGACACCGAAGACAAACUACAUGCCUCAUCAUGGUGUCCAAAGUGCGACGAGUUUGACAACAAAGACACGACACGACACGAGUGGUUUUCGACUGUUCAGCAGAGUGUGA